CCAGAAAACAAAAUUCAAAAAUCAAAGAUAACUACUAGUUGCUAGCUUUUAAUCCACCAUUUACAUAUUUUAGGACGUCCACACUUGAUAAUUUUCAUCAAGUAUGACAAAUAGCUGACAAAGUAUAAAUUCUAAGCUAAGUUUUCUUUCUUGACGAGCAAGUGAAAGUCUCUAAUAGUAUUCUUGUCCAUGACUUUCCAACCACUAAUUUGUAUGAAUGUCAUACGUCAAUUAGCAUACAAAAUUUUCCAAGUUUGGCUCUUUCCUGGUGAGUUCAGUAUUCAUCAGUUAUCAGUACAUAUCUAAGUUUAUGUAUAUAAUAUUACCAGUUAUCUAGGAGAAACAUUAACUUGCCAGACCUCCUCUAGAUGAGUUAAUUUAUAAGUCAUGGAGAAAUAAAUUUUUCAGUCUUGGAAUAUAUGGCUUUAUUAGCAUCCUGUUGGCUUAUCAUUGAAUUACUCAUCAUUCCGGAUGGAUUUGUGAAGUGGUUUUAUUUGAGCUUCUAUAUCCAUCCGAUUUUUCUCUUCUUUUGCCAAAUUUUUCUCUGGCUCAAGUUGCUAAACAAAUGGAUUCUAGUUGUGUUUUUUUAUCCUCUCAGAAUCAUUCGUUUUGUGGGUUUGUUUCUUUUCAGGUUUCUCAGAGAUUUUGUACUCAUCUUUGUCUUCAGGUUUUCGAGAUCGAUGAGUAGCACUAGUACUAAUGUUGAAGUUACGGAAGAGGCCUUGGAUGAGAAUAAAUCUUUGGUUGCUACACAAAUUUGUAACCAAAAUCAAGCUGGUCUUUCAUAUAGUUGUUCAAGUGGAGCAAAAAUACAAGCUUAUUGCAAGGUAAAAUUAUUAGAAGUUGAGAAAAUUGACCUUGUAGAGGAUGAUGAUUUUCAGGAAAUUCCUGUUCUUGAUCAUGAAGAAGAGCGUAUGGAAGAGCCAAGUUCUUGCCCCACAAAUGAUGUUGAUUUAAAUGAUUCACCGUCUAGUGUUUUUAGCUGCAAUUCACCUGCCAGAAGUUCAGACUUGAAUCCUGAAAAUCCACAAUCAAUUUGUAUCUCCACUUCACCAGUUCUGGAAAGAGCAGUACCUCAGAGAGAUGAAGAUCGAGAUUCUGCCGAUGCAUUCUACAAGAAGUACACCGAAAGGAUGCGAUGGUUCGACAUACUGAAUUCUGAUAGAACAUGUGGAAUAAGUGCAGUCCUGAACAGGCAAGCGGGAACUCCAAGUCCUAUUGAGAGCAACAUUGAUUCUGAUCAGGAUUUCGCAGUCCCGAACAUUUCCUGGAGCAAACUGACCAAAAAGAGACUGUUGAAAAGCUUGGAGAGUGACUUUGAAAUGGUAUAUGUUGCUCAAUCAUGUUUGUCCUGGGAGGCCCUCCAUUAUCAGUACACAAAAGUCAAGUCUCUUGCAGAAUCCACCUCUCAGAAUGGUGUAUUUUCUGGAAAUGUGUUUGGUGAGUUUCAGAAAUUUCAAGUAGUGUUGGAGAGGUUCCUAGAGGAUGAAAGAUGUGAAGGCAAGAGGAUUUGGAAUUAUGUUAGAGGAAGAUUUGGCCUUAAUAGCCUUCUUCAAGUUCCCCAGAUCUCUGGUUUCUUAGAGGAGGAAAAUGAAGAUAUGAAGACAGAAACAGUGAGUGUAAAAGAAGUUUCGAAGGCUAUAGAGAAAUGCAUUCAAGCUUUUGGGAUAUUUGUAACAGUAGAUAAUUGUAACAAGAAGCCUUGGUGGAAACUCAAAACUUCAUUAACAUGGACUUAUCCACCUGUGGAAGAUCCCAAAGAUUUACCGUUCUUACGUCAUCUUACUCGAAAACUUCAAAAGAAGGAAUUAUGCUUGAAAGAUUUACAAGGGAAGCAAAGGUGUUGGAUCAAGAAAGUUGUGAACCACUUGGACGAAUCUCAAAGAAAAGAAAUGUUAUUUACAAUGAUAGAACUGAAGCUUGUAUCAAGAGUGAUUCAGAUGUCCGCAGUCUCCAAUUCCCAACUCAAAUGGUGUCAAGAGAAGCUAGACAACAUUGAAUUCAAAGAAGGAAAAGUUUCCAGGGCCUCUACAUCUCCAUUAUUAUUUCCACCAUGAAUCUCUCCUAAAAAUAAAACCAAGCUGGUACAAAGGGAAGUUUUGUAAAUUGUAUUAUAACUUUGUGCAUAUUUAAUUAGGUAGGAGUGUUGGGGUUGGUGACCACUUCAACAAUAGAGGUCGUAAUUGGAGAUCGCAACUCGUAUGUCCAACGUACACAAGGGUUAUGCUGUAAGAUUUCUCUAAGUAAUAAAAAAGAGUACAUAUAUAUUAUGUUUUUAAUCAAUGAAUGGACAUGACACUUUAUUGUAAA